AAACAAGGCAACUUGCUACAGUUAUGAAAGUAUUCCCAUGGAUCUACCACCACUCACAAUAAACUUUUCUUCAAAUUAUAUAAUAAGUACAUACAUUCGAGUCUUCUCCUCCUUAACCCGAGAGAGAGAGAGAGAGAGAGAGAGAGAGAGAGAGAGAGAGAUGGCAAAAGGAAAGCUAGAGGUUUUGCUGGUUGAUGCUCAAGGCAUAAAAGACAGGGAAAGUCAAUUUCUGGGUUGUUUAUUUUGUCUUAAUCCAAGCAAUACAAUUAAGAUGUGUCCGUACGUUGUGAUUCAUUAUGGAGACCAAGAAUCUACCAGUCGUGUGGCGGAUCAUAAGAAAGGAGAGGAAAAGAAAUUGGAAUGGAAUGAAACAAUCACCUUCGAUGUUGAGUAUGAUCCGGACGCUGAAGAUCAACCAUAUAAGCUUGUUCUUCAGAUCUUCGACAAGCACAAGAUCUCCGAAGAUAACCUGGUUGGCGAAUCAACGAUCUACGUAAAAGACGUUCUAUCGUUAGGUGCGGAGAAGGGAAAGGAAGAACUUCGAGCUCAAAAAUAUAGGGUUGUUCUCCCGGAUAACACCUACUCCGGCGAGAUUUCCGUUGCUGUUACUUUCACUCUCAAUGUCAUGUAGAUAUGUCUAUUAUAUGGAAUACUACAAUGGAAUUAAACAAUCACGUACGUACAAGGUUUGGUUAGGGUUCAUUUCUUUAGUGUUCAUGUUUUGGGGUAUGUGUUUAAAGGUAAAAGUUACAUGUAUGAUAUUAGAGCCUUUUUGGAAUUGUCACCGACACCGUACCAAACGUAAAUUAAUGAAGUGAGAGGUCUUAUGUUCA